AUGGGUAAGGGGGUGGUUUUAGAGGGGAUGAGGUGGAUUCUGGACUUGGUGGGUUUUCGGUUACCUAUUUUCCGAGGUUACCUGUUUUUUUUGGUUACCUAUUUAUUUUGGAUUACCUAUUUUCCAAAUAUUCGGUUACCUAUUUUCCGAGGUUACUUAUUUGCCGAGGUUACCUAUUUUCCGAGGUUACCUAUUUGCCGACGUUACCUAUUUGCCGAGGUUACCUAUUUGCCGAGGUUACCUAUUUGCCGAGGUUACCUAUUCGCCAGCAACGAUACAGUAAGAUGUUUCAUUUUUUAAGGCAACCUAUUCCCGGGAGAGACCUAUUCAGAGGUGACCUAUUCAGCGGUGUGGCCUAUUCCCGGGAGACUAGGAGUGAGAAACGGGCCGGGCUUAAAAAAUGGGCUUGGGCCCAAAAAAUUUUUUAAAAUUUUUUAUUUCAAUCCUCGUUGAUGUUUUGUGAUUUUAUUGGGUACUAUGAUCCAUAAAUAAUCUGAAAGAACAAUGUGAAGCCAAAUUUCCGUUUUUUUUUAAGUUUUAAAAGUUUUAAAAUUUUUUAAAACGGGCCGGGCCUAGGAAUUUUCUGACCGGGCCGGGCCGGCCUGAAAGAAAAAUGAAAACGGGUUGGGCCUGUUGCGAAGUGUAAACAUGUCUUUUAUACGGUCGAACAUGUCUCAAAUACAAUUUUCAAAAAAAUUUUUUGAAAAGAAUGCAUUCAUAGAAUUCAGUUUGUUGACCAAAACAUAAAAAUUCAAAUUUCUGUCACUUUUUGCAGUUGAACACAGUAGAAGCGGCUGGCAGGACCCAGUCGCUUUGGGUGCCUAAUAUGUGCUUGUACCGAAAUCGGAAACAACCUGAAAGCCCGAGUAUUGUUCUACAACAACAUCAACUAGGACUGAGCAAGACGUAUCCCGUCGCUGUGCCGCCGGAGAAAAAGCCCAAAGAGGUUAAGGUCAAGGAGAAGGAGGUGGACAAGGACAUCAAGCCGGCCAAACCUCAAGUUGGGGGAAGCGGCAAAAAAUCCGGGAAACAGGCCAAGGAGAAGAAGCAAGACGAGAAGGAAGAUCCUGCACCUGAUGGAAACAACGUGAGUUUAUGGUUUUGGCCAUGAUUUUUUAAAACAAAAAUCAAGUUGAAAAUUUGUGAUUUUUUAUUGAAAAAGCUGAUUUUCAUUGCUUGGACUGCUUGGCUGAGGAAGUUAGCGUUGUAAGUAAAGUCAUUUUUGUUAAGACUUAGCCAGUCAGGGGAGAUAAAUCUGAUUAUAUUAUAUAAUUUUUUUAAAUUUGAAACUGACAGGUGGGAGGGAUGUAGUUCUUGUUCUUUGAAGCUUGCUUUAUCUUACUUUGUAAAACCCUGAAUUAAAGUUAAGUAAAACAAAUAUACCCUUUACAAACCUAUGAUAAUGUAAGUUUGGUUUCAGAAAGAAGCAGACGAAGAGCAGUUUGACAACGCCGUAGUCCCACCGUGCCCGCCUUCUGAUGACGAUACCCUAAAAGGUGUAGGCCACGAGAUGCCCAAGUUCGAAACGUGA